AUGUUCACUCUCACAGGCGCUACGAAGAUGACCAACCGGGCUGCGCUCUGGUAUGUCCCCUUCUCUCUGAAAGACGUGGACAAUGUCACAGAGGUGCCUCCCAUCAAGGUAGGUCAAUGGACAGAGAAGGAUGAAGUUGACCCUAGACACUGAUCUAUGGUUAGUUUUGCAUUUCCCUCACAUGAUGGUUAACAUGCAUGUGUCCCUUCUAGUAUGCCAGCCCGGAGCAGGAGGAAGAGGGGAAGAAGCGCUACGAGGCUCAGAAGAUGGAGAGACUAGAGACGAAGGAGAGGAACGGAGAGCUGCUCAUGCCUGUGUCUGCCCCAGGUAAACACCUCUGACGCCUAUUGCUGACCUCUGACCUUUAGGACUUAUGGGAUUGAACUCCUCCAUACGAUCUAAACCCUAAGGGUUGGAUAGAGGGCACAUUUUCCAUAAUGGCAAAGAUAGGGUGUGUGCUCUCUAUCCAAUUCUAUGUCUAAAUCGGAGCAGUAGCAUAGAUAUCACCCAUUAGAAGCAAGUCUGUUUAGCCUAGUGGUUAACAGCUUUGGGUUAGUAAAAAGGGACAAUGCAAAGGUUGCUGGUUCAAUUCUCCGAACCGACUAGGUGAAAAAUCUGUGGAUGUGUCCUUGAGCAAGGUACUUAACCCUAAUUGCACCUGUAAGUUGCUCUGGAUAAGAGCAAUUGCUAAAUGACAAAAAUUUAAAAUUGCUGUGUUUGAGAACCAUGUUUGAAUUCUCCCUAGUUGUAAACUAAAUGAAUGUAAAAGUGUGAUGGCUCAGUUGGUUUGGCCAUGGUGCUACUGCCUCUUGUCACAAAGUACAGUAGUUACCAGUUGUAUUGAAUUAUUUGAUGUAGGUACCAGAAAGUAUACAUUAUAUCACAUAAAUCACUCUUACCCUAGUAAAUAAGUAAAGAUCAGUUAAAGUGCCAGCUUAAACCGAAGUAGUACAAAGUAUGGUAUAAUUUCAAAACUGUGUGUAUUACUGGUGAAUAGCUGAUCUGACAGUAAAAUAGCAUGUUGGUUUUCUUUCUCCACCUAAUUGUGAUUUUCCUGGUUCGUUUGACCUGCUGCACAGACAGAACAACGAAAGGUACGUCUGUAUGGAUUCUCUAAAGGCUGCACGCAUGUCAGCACAGAGAUAUUGGGAUGGAUGGAUGUCAUUUUUCCAUCCUUGAACACUUCGCAAAGUAUUCCUGGUUAUUCCCUGAUGAUUUUAGUAAUACUGAGGCCAUUUAACUGUCUCAAUACUUAUAUUUCAACUCUGUUUUUUUUCUGUGUGUGUGCGCAUGCUUGUGUGUGUUGCAGAGCCCUACACGGUCGGCUUUAGCCAGUCAAGUCUGAUCCAUCUGGUGGGGCCUUCAGACUGCACGCUGCAUGGCUUCGUACAUGGAGGUGAGUAAAGCUGCUCGGUCACUUCUACUGUGUGUGUGUGUGUGUGUGUGUGUGUGUGUGUGUGUGUGUGUGUGUGUGUGUGUGUGUGUGUGUGUGUGUGUCAUUCAACAGAGUUUUAGAUGGUUUGUACAUUCCAGAUAGAGAGGAAGGAAGAGACAGAGAGGCAGCAGCAUCCAACCUGGAUGCCUUAUGUAAACACGACAGUAGCAGCAUCCUCAGCAGCGUGCUCUGCAUAGCGUUCUUAAUGAGCCACUCCAUGUGAGCGAGGGGGGAAGCAUGAAAAGGGCACCGACUGCAUUCUAAAUGGCCGCCGCCGCUUGUUCCCCAUUUGCCUCUUAAUUGGACACAUUCCUCAGUGGGUCCAAAUGAAAAAGUCAGACAUUUCACAUCAGCCUCUUAACUGUGUCUGACUUUUUCAUUUGGACCCACUGAGGAAUGUGUCCAAUUAAGAGGCAAAUGGGGAACAAGCGGCGGCGGCCAUUUAGAAUGCAGUCGUGCCUCUCUGCUGCUAUCUAUCCUUUCCUCUCUUCCCUUGUGUCUCUUUCUCUCUCCUCCUUUCUGUUUAUUUCUCGUUCCCUCUGUAGCGAUCAAUGCAAAUGAAUACAGAAAUGUAAUAUUGUCGCAAAACAACCACAUUGACCUGACACAUUAUCACUGUGGCACGCAAACAAUCAGUUGCUGCUUGAAGAGUUUAAAACUUCAGAAGACUGCAAGUGAAUGCUGUUUUUUUUGCCCAGUAUCUUUGGCCAUCUGCAGAAAGUAAACACAUACUUUUUUAUUUCCAACAACUCUCUCCAACAAGUUUUGAGGUGGAUUGAUUUUCCCAGCAUUCAAAAGUGAUGUGAACCUAGUCAUGAAGUUACUGGCCCUGACAGCCCAGCCUUUUCCCGGCAAGCGGAGGUGUCGAUCUUUUCCCAUGCGCUGAUCUGUAUUUCUCUCCGAUGGCCAUUCUUGUGGUAAUGAGCACAUCACAGAUGAGGAGCAACAAGGAGGCUUAGGUUCCCAGGCUGCCAGUUAUCGAUCGCUCAUCAUACACAGCUAAAGUCAUCAUGGGCCUUUUUUACCCCCCCCCUCUCUCUCUCUCUUCUCCUCCUCUCCUCUCUC